AUGGAGUCUAUCCCUUCAACUUCUGCAUCUCGAAUGCGGAAGCACAGAGCAUCGCUAUCGGUUGAAGAUCUGGAAAAACGAAGAGCAGCAGAUCGAUUACGAAAAUCCCGUAAAAAAGACGAGGCCAACCGUCAGGUGAUUCUGACAACUAACCAAUUGGAUCAUAUUGGCAACGAUAUCGAGAUUGUAGAUGCCCAUGAAACUUCUACUUCGGAUGUAGAAAUUAUCUCUGCCGACGAAGAAACUUCUAAUGACGUCGAAGUAGAAAAUUCGCCUCGAAUGCCGUUGUCAUCAACUGAACGGUCCAGGAUUCACAGAGCAGGUGCGUCGGCAGUUGUAAUAGAACAAAGACGCAGGUCGGAAAGGAUAAGAGGCCAACAAAAUCGUGGAGCAGAGACUGAAGAAGAAAAAGCGGUAAGAAGAGCGAAGGAUGCUGAGCGGCAUAGACAUGUUCGCUUACGCCAGGAAAAUGCAGACCCACCAGAAAUACAAUCUUUGGAUACCUUGAACGAAAUUUCGAUUGACGAGCAUUACUGUGGGCAAAUGAGUUUAAUUUGCGCAUCUUGCAGCUCUAGAAAUUUUCGUGCCGAAGUUACUUCGAAUGACACUUCUUUUACCAAGUGUUGUCAAAAAGGGAAAGUCGGCUUACCCCCAGUCAAAACAACUGACUUCCUGGAAACUUUAAUGAAAGGCGAGCAUGAGAAAAGUAAAAACUUGAGCACCAUGGAGUAUAUUCGAUCAUUCAACAGCUCCCUUGCUUUUGCAUCCGUCGGUGCUAAUAUAGCAAGUCCACCUGGUCAUGGCCCGUACUGUUUCAGGAUUCAUGGCCAAAUUUACCAUCGUGCUGGUACUCUACAUCCUGAAGAAGGCCAACCACGAAAGUUUGCUCAGCUUUAUAUACUGGAUUCGGGUUUUGCUGCUGAACAGCGUUUGUCCCUAAGCGAAAAUUCAAAGUGCUCCCACGACUUAAUGAAAGAGUUAAGUAGUUUCAUGGCUGCAAGUAAUGCAAGGGCAACGAAAAUGCUCUAUGAAGUUGAGAUUGAGGCAGAGGAGGAGGCCAGGCGACAAAACCAACCAAAAAGCAUUCUCUUCAUGGCCAUCGUCCAGACAAAGGAAAGCGAUAUCAGACGUUAUAAUGCUCCAAGAGCCAAUGAAGUAGCAAUCAUAUUCCAAGGUGAUGAUGGUGAGCCUCCACUUGAUCGAGAUCUAUUAAUUCACCUGAGAAAAGAUCACUCCAACCUUCAGCCCCAUCCACAAGGAGGAUUAGUGUCUUAG